GGGAUUGACACAAAUGGUCAGGCGGCGGCGGCGGAGAAGGAGGCGGAGGCGCAGGGGGGAGCCGAGGCCCCUGGGCUGCCCAGAGUUGUGCGCUCUACGGGGCCGUGGCCACUAGUGCGUCGCUGCCAGCGGGGAGCCAGAAAGCCGAGGGGCUGGAAGGCGGGACGCGAUCUCGGCGCGUCUGAGCCACCCGGGCUCUCCCCGCCGCCCGCGCUUCAUGAAUCGCAAGUUUGCGCGGAGGCGGCGGCUGCGAGACACGGAGCAGGAGCCAAGGGAUCGGAACGAGUGCGGCUUGGGCUCGACGGAAGGUACCAGCGCAGAGGCGAUAGCGUCCGGCGCAGGGGGAGUCGCCACGGGCCGCUCCACCAACAGCUCCAGCCGAACGACGCCAAGAAAGGAGCCGAGAAAGUAUGGCUGAGGAGGAGGCGCCUAAGAAGUCUCAGGCCGCCGGCGGCGGGAUCUGGGAACUUUGUGCCUGGGCGCUCCCGGCCAGCCGGGCAACAGAGGGGAUCAGGGACUUGAGCAGCCGCGGUCGUCCCACUGCUGACCCGCGGCGAUUGGCGCGCCGGCUGUUGCUGCUGCUUUGGUUGCUGGAGGCUCCGUUGUUGCUGGGAGUCCAGGGGCAGGCAACGGGUCAGGGACCGGGCCAGGGGCCCGGGCCGGGCCAACAGCCACCACCACCGCCACCGCCACAACAACAGAGCGGGCAGCAGUAUAACGGUGAGCGGGGCAUCUCCAUCCCGGACCAUGGCUACUGCCAGCCCAUCUCCAUCCCGCUGUGCACGGACAUCGCGUACAACCAGACGAUCAUGCCCAACCUGCUGGGUCACACGAACCAGGAGGACGCAGGCCUUGAGGUGCACCAGUUCUACCCGCUGGUGAAGGUCCAGUGCUCCGCCGAGCUCAAGUUCUUCCUGUGCUCCAUGUACGCGCCCGUGUGCACCGUGUUGGAGCAGGCACUGCCACCUUGUCGCUCCCUGUGCGAGCGCGCGCGCCAGGGCUGCGAGGCGCUCAUGAACAAGUUCGGCUUCCAGUGGCCCGACACUCUCAAGUGCGAGAAGUUCCCGGUGCACGGCGCCGGAGAGCUGUGUGUAGGCCAGAACACGUCGGACAAGGGCACCCCGACACCCUCACUGCUGCCCGAGUUCUGGACUAGCAAUCCCCAGUACGGCGGCGGAGGCCACCGCAGCGGUGGCGGCGGCUUUUCCGGGGGUGCCGGCGCGUCUGAGCGAGGCAAGUUCUCCUGCCCGCGCGCCCUCAAGGUGCCCUCCUACCUCAACUACCACUUCCUGGGAGAGAAGGACUGUGGGGCGCCCUGUGAGCCCACCAAGGUAUACGGGCUCAUGUACUUUGGUCCAGAGGAGCUGCGCUUCUCGCGCACAUGGAUCGGCAUCUGGUCUGUACUGUGCUGCGCCUCCACACUCUUCACGGUGCUCACGUACCUGGUGGACAUGCGGCGUUUCAGCUACCCAGAGCGGCCCAUCAUCUUCCUGUCGGGCUGCUACACGGCAGUGGCAGUGGCCUACAUCGCUGGCUUCCUGUUGGAGGACCGGGUGGUUUGUAACGACAAGUUCACUGAGGACGGGGCGCGUACGGUGGCGCAGGGCACCAAGAAGGAGGGUUGCACCAUCCUCUUCAUGAUGCUCUACUUCUUCAGCAUGGCCAGCUCCAUCUGGUGGGUGAUCCUGUCGCUCACGUGGUUCCUGGCAGCCGGCAUGAAGUGGGGCCAUGAGGCCAUCGAGGCAAACUCGCAGUACUUCCACCUAGCUGCCUGGGCUGUGCCGGCCAUCAAAACUAUCACCAUCCUGGCACUGGGCCAAGUGGACGGCGACGUGCUGAGUGGGGUGUGUUUCGUGGGGCUUAACAACGUGGACGCACUGCGCGGCUUUGUACUGGCCCCCCUCUUCGUGUACCUGUUCAUAGGCACGUCCUUCCUGCUGGCUGGCUUCGUGUCGCUCUUCCGAAUCCGCACCAUCAUGAAACACGAUGGUACCAAGACCGAGAAGCUGGAAAAGCUCAUGGUGCGCAUCGGAGUCUUUAGCGUGCUCUACACAGUGCCAGCCACAAUAGUCAUUGCUUGCUACUUUUACGAGCAGGCCUUCCGGGACCAGUGGGAGCGUAGCUGGGUUGCCCAGAGUUGCAAGAGCUACGCCAUCCCCUGCCCCAACUUCCAGGCGGGUGGGGGCGCCCCACCGCACCCACCCAUGAGCCCCGACUUCACAGUCUUCAUGAUCAAAUACCUUAUGACACUGAUUGUGGGCAUCACUUCGGGCUUCUGGAUCUGGUCCGGCAAAACCCUCAACUCUUGGAGGAAGUUCUACACCAGGCUCACCAACAGCAAACAGGGGGAGACCACUGUCUGAGACCCUCGGGCUCAGCUCACUACCAGUGCUCCCCACAAAGCUGGCUCCUUGGAAGCCCUUCCAAGCCUGAUUUACACACUUCCACAGGCUUCUUUUACUAACAGCACCUGCAGAAGCAUCUGUCCCUGGGGCAAAAGGCCCAAGGGGCCCAAUUGCUGAGGCAGAUGGACUGACUCUCUUGCCCUCACUCUGGUACCAGGACUAUCCGCUUUUUUGAUUGUAAAUAGCCUGUGUAAGAUUUUUGUAAGUAUAUUUGUAUUUAAAUGA